AUGCCCGCGAAACGGAAGCCGCCUGCCACGGCCGCAGCAUCGUCCGACGCCCCGCGCCCGCGUGCCUCUAAGCUCGCCAAGGAACACAACAUGUCGGCCCACGAAGAGCGCGAGAUCCGUGAGGCCUUCUCCCUCUUCGCCGAGCCCAUGAAGCGCUACCCCAAGGAGGGCGUCAUCCCGACGGCCGACGUGCGGUCCUGCCUCGUGGCCCUCGGCAUCCCGCCCUCGUCGCGCAAGGAGCAGGCCGAGUUCGUUGAGAUCCUCGACCCGGACGGCGAGGGCUUCGUCGCGUACGAGCCCUUCUUCGCCGUUUGCGCGCUCAAGUACCACCAGAGGGGACAGGGAGGUGGCGCCGCCGAGAGGCAGAGGGAGGUGGACGAGGCCUUUGGGCUCUUCACGGGGGCCGGCGCCGGCGCCGGCGCCGGCGCCUCUGCCGCGGGGCCGAGGGACGUUAUCACAAUGGCGGACCUGAAGAGGGUCGCGAGCGUACUGAGGGAGGAAGUCAAGGAGGAGGUGCUGCGGGACAUGAUUCUCGAGGCCAACGGCGGCGCCGGGGUGGGCAGGGGGGUGAGGAGGGAAGAGUUCGAGGAGGUCAUGCGCCGCGCAGGGGUCUGGCGAUGA